AUGAAUUUAAAAAAUCGGUUGGAAAGCAAACCAGUAAUGGAAACUUUGAACGGCCAGGAACCCGAAUCGGCGGCGUUUUCAAGGUCGAACGUAAAUAAAAAUGUUCUUUUUGCCGUCCAAAGCAAUUUCUUCGGGUCGAAAUCGGCGGUUAAAAAGGAUUCCAGCACCGUUAUAUACAUUUGGUCCAAUGCCGUUCUUGCCUUGGCAAGCAAGCGCUCGGUGGACGCUAAAUAA